AUGUAUCCAAAUGCCGAGGUAUUUUGUGAAGUCUCUAUGACCGCUAGUAGAGGAAGUCGAAAAAGUGACGCAAAGGACCGGGAAAAAAAGGACAGCGAAAAAAAGGACGGAGAAAACAAGGACCAAGAAAAAAUUCGUCUUUCGUGGAACACUGACAACCUGGACAGAGGCAAAAUUCAGUUCGCUAUAAGUCUUGUCCUCUCCCUCAUCUUUCUCAUCGUGGCCAUGUCGAUAUCAAACUGGCGUUGUGGCACCGUGCUCAACUCCUGCCUGAAUACCUCCGAAAGGAAGUCCUAUCAGAUUGUGGGAGGCCUCCUUGUCUGCGCAAUCUUGCUGAACUUCGGCGCCCUCGGGGCUGUCAUUACGGACUGCAUAACGGUAACGCCCUGGGCCUGGGCCCUGGGCCCUACUGCCCUGGGGCUGACUUGGCUUGGUGGCAUCUUUGCCCUGGCUGCAAUUGCCUACUACUUCAAAAAUGUGGACGCAACCUACUGUCCUCUGCUGUCUAUCAUCGGAAUGUCCUUCGCGCUGGCGAUGGCAAUCACUACAAGCAUUACGAUGUUAAAUGAGCGACGAGCUGCAAUGAUACAUGACCAACCAGCUUAA